AUGGCAGGUGGCAAUCAGACGCAGGUGACAGAGUUCGUCUUCCUCGGUUUCUCUGGUAUCCCAAGGGGCCAUGCCUUCCUUUUCCUCGUGUUCUUAGCCAUCUACUUGGUUACUAUAAUUGGGAACAUCAUGAUAGUCACUCUUAUCCAGUUGGAUUCCCGCCUGCACAGCCCCAUGUACUUUUUCCUUAGCCACUUGUCCUGCUUGGAUGUCUGCUACUCAUCCGUCACUGUCCCCAAGAUCCUGACAAAUUUCCUUCGCCAGAAAUCAACUAUUUCGUACAACCAGUGCAUGGCGCAGAUGUUCUUCCUGAUGACGUUCGCAGGAUCAGAGUGUGCCUUGCUGGCCGUCAUGGCCUACGACCGCUAUGCCGCCAUUUGCCAACCAUUGCACUACACUAAUCUCAUGAGCCCUCAGGUCCGUGUCCCCCUGGCCAUUUUUUCAUGGCUCUGGGGGCUCGUGGACUCAGCCAUUCACACAGCCUUGGCCACGAAUCUGACAUUCUGUGGGGCCAACCAGAUUGACCACAUAUUCUGUGAUGUCCCACCACUCCUGAAAAUUGCCUGCAGUGACACCUAUGUCAACGAAAUGGCCCUUCACACAGCCAGUGUCUUUGUGGGCUUGAGUCCAUUCCUUCUCGUUGUCAUCUCAUACGUCUACAUCCUGUCCGCCAUCUUGCGCAUUCGCUCCAACACUGGCCGGCGCAAGGCCUUCUCCACCUGUGCUUCUCACAUGGUUGUGGUAAUAAUCUACUUUGGGAUGGCAAAUGUGAACUACAACCGCCCCAGCACGGGCUACUCCUUGGAGAUCGACACCCUGAUCUCCACGCUGUAUUGCAUCAUCACCCCCAUGCUGAACCCGCUCAUCUACAGCCUCCGCAACAAGGAGGUGAAGGGGGCUCUGUGGAAGGUGCUGGGGCUGCAGGAGAAGGAAUACGCUUCCCAAAGCAAGCAAUGA